AUGUCUUGCAGCCUCGCAACUGGUCCACCCAAUCAGCUCGACCCACUCAACCCUUGCACCUCCCCAAACGGCCUGCAGCCGAGGCGAGAAGGUACGGGUGCUCAUUUAACGGGUCAUUUCGCGGGAAGCCCAGAAAACCGACCUCAACCACAACCGUCCAGCAUGACUGGCAUGCGGCAACUAGGCAGAAGCGACAAGCCGAGAUCACGUUGGGGUUAUGUACACUUUUUUGCGAGGUGGAUGGGCAACGACGAAUUCCCAAACCCAGGCCCACCACCCCGGAAUCCCUUUGGGGCUAGGCCAGCUCCCAUCGGUACUGUGUCGACAGAUGAGGAACAAGUAACACUUACGUGCCUCGAGGGAGGCCAUGAAAAAACCACCUCGACAUUCGUCGCCGGUCCGACGUGUUGGCAGGGCCGAAAAGCAGGUGUUGUGAUGGCGACGGCAGUAUUGAAUUGUUCAUUUACAGCAGCUGCCUAUCAUUUAUGCCAAAAACUGAUUAUUAUUUUAUCCAUUUGCCCACGAGUACACUCUUGGCUGGACCUGCAAUUUGCAAAUGAUGCCAUGCCGCCUUCGGGGGGUGCAUCGAUGUGGAUGUGCGCACGGAUUCACACGCAAUCCAUACGCUCCACAUGCUCACACCAAGUAAGUGUGUAUGCAGCAAAAUAA